AUGUUUCUUUCUUCAUUUCAACUUUUAUUUUUCUUCCAUUCUCUUGUUUUUCUAUUCUUCUUUUUCAACUUAUUUUCCUUUUUUUUGUUCAUAUCUGCCUAUCUAUUUCAAAUCUCUCCACUUCUCUCUCAAUCUGUUCAUAUCUAUCUGCCUAUCGAUUUAAGCUCUCUCCACUUUUCUCUCUCAAUCUGUUCAUAUUUAUCUGCCUGUCCUUCAUAUCUCUCCACUUCUAUCUCUGUCUUUUCAUAUCUAUCUGCUGAUCUGUUUCAUAUCUUUCCACUACUCUCUCUCAUCUCUAUUUGUCUAUCCAUUUCAAAUCUCUUCACUUCUUUCUCUAAGUCAGUUCAUAUAUGUCUGCCUAUUUCAUAUCUCAGCUCUCUUUCGGUUGAUAUUCAACUAUCAGCAUAUCUGCCUAUUUUCUCACUAUCUGUUCUAUAUCUUCCUCUCUGUUUUCACCCGCCUUCUCCUCUCAGUCUAUUCCAUAUCUAUCUGCCUGUCAUUUCCUUAUCUCUACCUUCUCCUACCAUUCUGCCAUUACCUGCCUACCUAUUUCAUAUCUCUCCCACUCUCUAUCCCUGUUCAUAUCUCUCCACCUCUCUAUCCUCUGAUGUUCAUAUCUCUCCACCUCUCUCUAUCACUCUGUUCAUAUCUCUCCACCUCUCUCUAUCACUCUGUUCAUAUCUCUCCACCUCUCUCUAUCACUCUGUUCAUAUCUCUCCACCUCUCUCUAUCACUCUGUUCAUAUCUCUCCACCUCUCUCUAUCACUCUGUUCAUAUCUCUCUAUCACUCUGUUCAUAUCUCUCCACCUCUCUGUUCAUGUCUCUCCGCCUCUCUCUAUCACUCUGUUCAUGUCUCUCCGCCUCUCUCUAUCACUCUGUUCAUGUCUCUCCGCCUCUCUCUAUCACUCUGUUCAUAUCUCUCCGCCUCUCUCUAUCACUCUCUGUUCAUAUCUACCUGACUAUGUAUUUCAUAUCUAUCUCUCUCUAUGUCACCGUCCUGGCCUUGCUCUCUUCUUGCUUUUUAACUUCAUCAGUUUUUUCUCAUUUUUCACUUUCUUUUUCUUUUAA